AUGAAACUACAAAAUUCAUUACCCUACCAAAGAAAAAUCCGCAACUAUGUUGAGCGCAAGGAUUCUCUCACCACGGAAUAUCUCUCGCUCCGAGAGAAGAUCAGAAUGGAGGACUCCCCAGAGCACGAACUAGAAAACGCAUUCGAAGUGUUGCUCAGACUCGACGAGUUGCUAUACGACUACCAUGUCAAACGAGCAUACUUGGAAUACUCCCGCAUCGAAUUGGUCCCGGAAAACAGACUAAUUCUUGAACAUAUCGACAGAACCAUACAUAAACUAGAGCGAAUAGUGCCAAUACCAUUGUUGGUCCGAUCUGCCCCCAAGCUCGCCAUAUUCCGCCGGCAAUUAUUCGAAAGUGCCCGUGAAGCCGCCAAAAUCUUGGCCCAGACAGAGAGCUCUAACCCCGAUGCAAAAAAGUACAUCUCUCCGGAAUCAUUAGAAAUUCAUGAUCAUCGUGCCAUGAGAAUUCGCAACUUGAUGAGAUUUGAAGAUGGAGGUUGGUCCAAGGAUCACGUUGAGAUCAUAUACGAUGCUGCUAGAUUGAAAAAGUACAAGAGUGACCGGUGCGAAUAUAUCAAGACCCAAUUUGAAAGGAAAUUUAAAGUCAACAUCAGCAUAAGAACCGCCAUGUAUUUGCUCACUCAUUACGGGUUCAAUGAUACAAACUACAGAAUCAAGGAUUUCCGUAAGGCAUUUGACCAAGCUUAUGCUUUACACAGGGAUAAACUUUCACAAGAACGUACUCGAUAUAUAAUUGACACAGUGAAGGAACUAAUUGGCAUUGAAAUGACGAAAAACGACGCUCAAUACGGUGCCAAAUUAAGAGAUAUCUUCACCAAGGUUUACGGAGUACCAAUUGAACCACCUGAAAACUGCAUGGAGUUUAUUACUCGGAAAUUUGAACCAUUGUAA